CUUCAGCAUUCAAACUCUACUUCUUAAUCUACAUUUCUAUCAUUUUUCUAUUCUCUUCUUUUUUUUUAAUCAGUAUUUUCUAGAAGCUCCUUACACCUCACAACUGUAGGAUCCGGUUCUCAGCUCCGGGUAUAUCCAGCACUGAUCAGUUUCUCCUCAUUCGAGCCAACAUGGGCGACCAGAAGACCCCCGUGACCAUCGUGGUCGAACAUUUGGAUCCUGAACUGGGUUCCUGGUCCGCAUUGGAGUAUGGCUGUAUUGCUCGCGAGUCGUAUGUCUCCGGGAGCAGAUUUCUUCUCAGUUCGGUCCCCACCUCCCUCCAGAUGCCAGAAGACUUGGCCUCGACAAAGGGACUAGAGGUUGAGCAUCGUAGUGUCGAGGAGAUUUUUGCAGAACGGAAGUCCAAGGUCUGCCUGUUAGACCCAGCUGCUGAGGUCGAACUAUCUCCUGCUGAUGGGGACAAUUUUGAGGUUUUUCUUUUUGGAGGAAUUCUCGGCGAUGAUCCUCCACGGGAUCGGACUUCUGAAUUGAGGAAAAAGGGCUAUGCGGGACGACGACUAGGCCCAAAGCAGAUGACGACUGAUACUGCGGUGCGAGUUACCCGCAUGGUUGUUCAUGAAAAGGUACCUUUGGAAGAGAUUCAAUAUAUCGACUACCCAGAGAUCGUGAUCAACGAGCAUGAACGAACUGAAAUGCCAUUCCGCUAUGUAAAGGGAAGCAAUGGCAAGCCUAUUAUGCCUGAUGGGAUGGUGGAUUUGAUUAAGAAGGAUGCAGACCAGAACCUAGAGGAUCUUUUUUGAUGCAUCUUAGGACAGUCUGGACAUGAUGGGGUAGAGCUAAAUAUGGAAUCUUCUCACCCGACCACAUGAAUUACCAGCAUUCCCUCCCUCCGUGAUGAAUAAAUAAUGGAUAGACAAAAGUUAACUACUGGAGGAAAAUAUUAGAGACUGCAUUGUUUCAAUUGAAAGACAGUGAAGUGAAUCAAUAGUCAAUUUAGUAGUGAAAUAAAC